AUGCAGACUACCUACGAACGGGACAGGUUCAAGCCAACUCGAUGGAAGUCUGCGGAUGAUGUGCGGGCCAACAAGCGACGGUCAAGGGAGACCAUAGAUGGGGUAGGGGUGAACGUGCGCUGCAUGGUCACUCCACGACUUCGUGCUCCGAGAAAACAGGAGGCCAUUGCUGCCGCCAUGCUGCCGCGACAGCUCGCCGCUCUCCGGGUCUCGAGAGCCUCACUGUCGUCCACAAGGUUGUCACGAUCAAUACUACAAAGUCCAAUUCGACCAUCAUCCAGCAGUGCGACGGCUGCAGGGCCGGCGAACCGCACACAGCAGACAGCAGUAAGCCUGAAGUCUGCCUCCUUCUUCAAGCCCAGUUCGGCGACACUUAUACGGUCACUGUCCACAAAACCGCUGCCCGUCACGAAAUCGCGAGUCGGACAACUGGCCUACCGAACAGCGGCUGUCCUGGGCUCCUUUGUCGUGGUGAGCGGCGCUCUCGUAGUCGCCUUCUUCAUCUACGACGCGUAUACGUACAAUGACGACCCUAUUGCAACUGAUAUACCCGUCUCCGAACUCGCUUUGAACCCCAGAAGAGGAGGCCCUAAGAACUUACCCAUUGCAGACCGUUUCGUCGACGAUGACGACAGCGCCGAAAAUAAAAAGGUCAAACACAAGCCAAAGUUGGUUAUACUUGGGACGGGAUGGGGCAGCGUGGCGCUAUUGAAGCAACUGAAUCCAGACGAAUAUCAUGUGACUGUCAUAUCGCCAUCGAACACCUUCCUCUUUACGCCCAUGCUCCCAUCAGCCACCGUCGGCACGCUCGAAUUGCGAUCACUCGUCGAACCUGUGCGCAAGAUAGUUCGAAGGGUACACGGACAUUUUCUCAAAGCCAAGGCUGAGGAUGUAGAUUUCUCAGAGAAGCUCAUCGAAUGCUCGGCCUUUGAUGCCAAGGGUGUUGAGCAGCGCUUUUACGUCCCUUAUGACAAGCUGGUGGUGGGUGUGGGUUCAGUCUCCAACUCUCAUGGUGUCAAAGGUCUCGAGCACUGUCACUUCCUCAAAGACAUCAGCGACGCCCGCUUGAUCCGUAACCAAGUCGUGCACAAUCUUGAAAGCGCCUGUUUACCGACAACAACGGAUGAUGAAAGACGGCGGCUUCUUUCCUUUGUCGUUUGCGGUGGCGGCCCAACCGGCGUCGAAUUCGCCGCCGAACUCUACGACAUGCUCAACGAGGAUCUGUGCAAACUCUAUCCCCGUCUCCUACGCAACGAAAUCUCUGUCCAUGUGAUUCAGUCUCGCAGCCAUAUCCUAAACACCUACGACGAAGCUCUCUCCCAAUACGCCGAAACACGUUUCGCCCACGACAGUGUUGACAUCUUGACCAAUUCUCGCGUCAAGGAGAUCCGAGCCGACAAGAUUCUUUUCAGCCAAAAAGACGAAAAUGGCAAAGUCAUCACAAAGGAAAUCCCAAUGGGCUUCUGCCUCUGGUCCACGGGUGUCUCCCAGACCGACUUCUGCAAACGUCUCGCCGCAAAGCUUGACGGACAGAAUAACAAACACGCUUUAGAAACAGACACACAUCUUCGCCUAAACGGCUCCCCUCUCGGUGAUGUAUAUGCAAUUGGCGAUUGUGCCACUGUUCAAAAUAAUGUAUCUGAUCACAUCGUGAACUUCCUUCGCACCACCGCGUGGGAAAAGGGCAAAGACCCACAAGAUCUAUCAAUCACCUACUCCGAUUGGCGCGGCGUUGCGAAGCGCGUCAAACAGCGAUUUCCCCAAGCCGCGAACCACCUCCGCCGUCUCGACAAACUUUUCGAACAAUACGACAAGGAUAAAUCCGGGACCCUCGAUUUCGGAGAACUUAGAGAGUUGCUGUACCAAAUUGAUUCCAAGCUAACGUCACUACCCGCGACCGCCCAGCGCGCGAACCAACAAGGCGUCUACCUUGCUCGAAAAUUCAAUAAGAUGGCACAGGCCGCGCCCGGCAUGGCUCUGAACGAUGUGGAUUAUGGGGAUCUAGAUGAUGCCGUGUACAAGACGUUUGAAUAUAAACAUCUUGGGUCGCUGGCAUAUAUCGGCAAUGCCGCAAUUUUUGAUUACAAUGGAUAUGGGUUGAGUGGGGGCCUCUUGGCCGUGUAUCUAUGGAGGGGUGUAUACUUUGCGCAGAGUGUGAGUUUCAGGACGAGGUGUCUUUUGGCCAUGGACUGGACCAAGCGGGCGCUUUUUGGCAGAGAUUUGAUGAACUUCUGA